CAGGGAAGCCAAGAUUCAGGAUGUAAAGUGUCCUGAAUCUGAUUCCCUGCUGCUUACUGCAGGAAAUAAGGGAGCAGCAGCAGCUUCAUGCGUACUAUACAGGGUCAAAAGCUGAAAAAAAAUCUGACAAGCAGAAGGAACAGAUAAAACUUUAACCUGAAUCUCUGAUGUGGAGCAAAAGCAAGUGCAGCAGAUACAGCGAGGACACAUUCCCUGAGACAGUCAAGCAAAACAGCUAUGGCAGCCACAAAACUGGGGCAGUCUGUAGAGAACCUGUCUGUGGUGGUCCAUGGGGUUGGAGAUCUUCGUUUGGAAAAUCGACCAAUUCCUGAGGCGGGUCCAAAUGAGGUAUUGCUAAAGAUGCAUUCAGUUGGAAUCUGUGGUUCUGACGUACAUUACUGGCAGCAUGGUCGCAUUGGAGAUUUUAUUGUAAAAAAGCCCAUGGUUCUUGGACAUGAAGCAUCCGGGACAGUGGUUAAAGUGGGAGCUGCAGUAACUCAUCUUAAACCAGGGGACAGAGUGGCUAUUGAACCAGGUGUCCCAAGAGAAACAGAUGAAUUCUGCAAAACUGGCCGCUAUAAUUUAUCUCCCACAAUAUUUUUCUGCGCUACGCCACCUGAUGAUGGAAAUUUGUGCCGAUAUUACACGCAUAAUGCCAACUUUUGCUAUAAGCUUCCUGACAAUGUAACGUUUGAGGAAGGAGCUCUGAUAGAACCUCUCUCUGUGGGGAUCCAUGCCUGUAGAAGAGCUGGGGUUACACUUGGAAGCAGAGUGUUUAUCUGCGGAGCAGGACCUAUUGGCCUGGUUUCUCUAAUUGUGGCAAAGAUGAUGGGAGCUUCACAAGUAGUAAUAAGUGAUUUGUCUUCCUCACGACUAGAAAAAGCAAAACAAGUUGGAGCAGAUUUUAUUUUCCAAGUCACCAAAGAGUCCCCAGAGCAGACGGCACGGAAAGUUGAAGACCUGUUAGGGUGUAUGCCUGAGAUCACUAUUGAGUGCACUGGAGCAGAAUCCUGUAUUCAGACAGGAAUCUAUGCAACGCGCUCUGGUGGGACUUUAAUACUUGUUGGUUUGGGUCCUGCUCUGGUCAAUGUGCCAAUUGUAAACGCAGCUGUGCGAGAGGUUGAUAUCAGGGGCAUAUUCCGAUAUUGCAAUACAUGGCCAAUGGCUAUCUCCAUGCUGGCUUCUAAGAGAGUGAACGUGGCUCCUUUGGUUACUCAUCGGUUUCCAUUAGAAAAAGCUCUAGAAGCAUUUGAAACCACAAAAAGGGGUGAGGGAGUAAAAGUGAUGCUGAAAUGUGACCAGAAUGAUCAGAACCCAUAGAACAAAAGGUUAUAAUAAUAUAGAAUGACUGUUUAUUAUUUUUCAUUACCCUUGUCAAUUUUGUUCUGGAAAUUUAGGACAAACUUGCAAAAUAAUACCAAUAAAAUGUGUCCUUUCUACUGUAUAUCUGAAUACAUGCCGCAUGCAGUUUUCUACUUUUAUCUUAAUGGAAUUAUAAGACAAUAAAUCAAAAUAGUUUUACAUUCUAAUUAUGUAUACACUAAUGUAAGAGGCUGGUAUGUUCUAAAAUGCAUAUAGUAAUGGCUGGCCUGUUCUAUUUUGUUUAAUGAUCUCCAUAAUUGUCUUUAAAUCCUUAUUGAAAUGUGCAUUGCUUCCAAUGUCCUUAUUUCUCUCACUACAAUCUGCAUUUAUUCAUUUUGUUUAACAAGUAUUCUUAUAUUAAACUUACUGUUUGCAAAAUAA